GCUCUGCAGCGUUCCCGGCUCCCUGGCCAGGCACAUCUCCCCGCAGUUCGGGAGAUGCGGAAUUCCUGCCCCGCUGUUUGCCCCGAGCCUCCUUGAUUCAAAUACCAGGAAGAGCUCGGCCGGCACAAAGCGGAGCUUUGGGGGGCAGAACGCUCGCAGCCCCAUCGGCGGCGCACACACACGCACACACACACACACACACACACACACACACACACACACACACACGUGAGAGCGCAGAGCCCGCCGGCAUGGCGAAGGAGGAGAAGAAAGCCCGGCACGGCACGGCCCCGAAUUCCCAGAGCCAGACAGGGAAGGCAUCCGGAGGGGAGAAGAGCACCGGCUCGACGCAGGAGCCCGCGAUGAAGAAGAAGAAGAAGCAGAAGAAAGCCAAGGGGGAUCCCAAAAGUGGCCAGGAGGAGGAAUCCCACACUUGUUGUGGCUGCCGUUUCCCGCUGCUGUUUGCGUUGCUGCAGCUGGCGUUGGGCGCCUCUGUUACAGUGCUGGGCUUCCUUAUGGCAGGCAUCAGUUCCUCUCUGCUAGUCAGAGACACUCCAUAUUGGGCUGGGAUAAUUGUCUGUGUGGUGGCCUUAGUGGGAUUUGUUCUGCUUUGUAUCUCGUACCAACCUGAUGAGAAGACGUGUGCACAGUUCACAGUGAAGCUGCUGUAUUUUCUCCUGAGUGCCCUGGCUCUGGUUGCCUGUGUUUUGGCAGUGGCUUUUGCUGCACACCACUACUUGCAGCUGACCAAGUUCACCUGUGACACCAUCCAGGAUUCCUGCCAGUGCAAACUGGACACUGCUGACCCGCUGGGCCGCACCUUUGUGUACCGGGACGCCGACUGUGGCAGCCUGAGCAGCAUGCUCAGCCUGUACCUCCUCCUGCAGAUGGCUCUCAACCUGGUGGCAGCCCUGGUGUGCCUGCUCAUGUGCUUCGUGGUGUGGAAGCACCGCUACCAGGUCUUCUACGUGGGCGUUCGCUUCCAGCCCCUCACAGCCGCUGAGGGCCACGGGCAGCAAGUGUAGGGGCUGGGCUGGCAGGGGCUUGUGGCCAGGGAUGGGAUCUGCCACCACAGGCAUUGCAAAGGAAUGGGCCCUUGGAAGGUGUUUGAUGAGGAAAAACGCUCACGUGGCUUUAAUGAAUUUAUUUUUCAAUCCUUUUGGGAGCAUUUCGUAUGGCUGCUCUUGAGAAAAGGCCUCUUGUGAGAUUAGCUAGAGGUCACAGAGUCCUAAAGAUGCAGCUGUACAAAUGCUCCCCGCAGAGGAUCUGUAAUAGCCAUGGAUAAACUCUUUGGGAACUCAUCUGCAGGGCUACAGCCAUUACAAAAUAGGGUCCAUUUCCCUCUUGCCUUCAGAGAAGCUAUGCCAAUUUCUACCAGAUAGGGAUCUGAUCCAAACUGCUUAAUUAUAUCAGUGGGAACAUGCUUUGGGAAUAUAUCAUGUCUUGGUGCUCUGGGUGUAAUCCAUGCUAACUUGAUGGGACGAGGUAGGUCAAGACCUCUUCCAAUGCAGGUUGAGACCAACACCAAAGUGAAUAUAUUGAUGGCUGCCAUAUAAAAUAUAUAUGUAACUUUUCUAAGUGCAUAAUGAUUUAGGCUACCUAACCCAAUUACUAAUAAACAACAAAUAUGAGUGAGUUCACUGGCAGGCCCUGCUUGAAAUCCCAGGAAGAUUUCUGGUGUUUGGGAGAAAAGAUCAGUUUAAGGAAUCUUGAGUUACACUCCUAAAGUAGAGGAACCCUAAAUCAGUAGUCAUGUUCAAAAUUAUGUCCAUAAUGCUCUAAUUGCAUGCUGACAAACCUGGAUUUUAGCCAGUUCCACCAAUUAUACUUCAAGCACAAAAGGCCAAAUGCAUUUUUGGUGUAAUUCCUCUGAAGACAAUCAGCCUUACACACCAACAGUGGAGUUGGGCCAACAGCCCUGAAAGAUAUAUCCCUGCAACAAUGAGUGUUUUUAAAAUGGGGUGGAGGGAGGGAAGCAAGAAGAGACUACCAGUCUCCCAAAGACAUCUCUGAUAAUGAUGAGGGCAACAGAAUAAUAAUUUCUUAAUGAGGAUGGAAAAAUAAAGUGUAUUUAAGCAGUGCUUUUUCACCGUGAAAGUGCAGCUCUAGAAGUGCUUUACAUCUCAUUAGCCCUUAUACCAAGACAACUACGUUGGUUUGUCCCUUGAACUGCCAUUUCCACUUGCACAGCAUGGACAGCUAAAUUUAGGAGCAAUUCCUACUUGGCAGCAUUUGGCACUGCCUCCUGAUCCAUAUCUGUGCAAGGGCAAGCCAGCUGGUGCUCACACCCUGCCAUGGCGAGGGAUUUCCCGAUCCCAGCCAGAACAAGGAUGUCUCGGAGGUGGGGUGGAGCAAUCACAUGCCAGAAAAAUUGUGCCAUAAUCACUAGCUAGGAGGAAGCAAAUGAAAUUUAUAUAAGGCUUUAAAGAAAAACAAACAGCCAAGUUUAUGCAGCAAAAACAGUCAUCAAAAAGUCAAAAACCAGACUGGCACAAACCUAGUUGUCUAAGGAGCUCUAAUCCUACAAAAAAACUGUCUUCCAUACGGGGAUCACACAUCAUCCAGGGGCUAGACCAUCAAGCCUCCAGGGUCAGAGGAUCACAGUGUAGUGAAGUCUCCUGUGGCCCACCUAGAGCACUGCUGGGUGUAGGGGCUGUAGUUUCAGUCAUGGAAAGCGCCUCUGGAGCAGACAUAGCAUCACCAAGGUGCUCUCUGCCAAGCCACAAAGCGAGGAGCUGCAGGACAUGAGGGGUUUUGAGAUCUGCUUCCAAAUGACCUUUUUUAUUGCACCUAAAAGUAACAACCACUCCUAAGCCUGGCUGCAGGGCACAUUUGCAAGGGUGCCCAUGUCACCACCCACCCAAAGACCUCAGUAUGCCUCCCAGGCACUGCUGGGGCAAGCUGAGACAGGAGAGGACUGAGAUGGUAGGCUUGUGGUAUCAGACUCAUCCUGGGGGCCAUCCAUGUGGAUCUGGCAGGAACCAGCCCAUCUCCCAUGGCUCUGGUGAAACAUGCUGCCAGCAGUGCUCAUGUGGCAGGGCCAUGCUGCCUGGAAAUGGAUACACAGGGGUGCCUCUCACCUUAUGCUGUGCUCAGGUUUUUCCCCAUCCACACAAACCUUUGGCCAUGCCCUCUGUGGAAGCUCAGGGCAGAGGAUGUACCUUCCUCCUACCUGCAUGGCCCUCGGUGCUCCUGCCCCUCCCUCCAGCCACGAUUGUGGGUUCCUCUCUCCACACAGAAGAUAACAAGAAGCAGGAAAGGGAUCAAAGGGAGUCUGAAUGACAGCUGAGCUUUGGGGCCUCCCCCCACCCUCACCACUGCACGAUGGCUGGCACAGCAAGAGGAAGGCUGUGCUGGCAGAGCAGGGCAUGCUUCCCCCCACCCAUCCCAAAUGUCCCUUUGCUCAGGGGAUAGCUUGGUGUGCAGCACUCCACCCGGGCCCAGCAGCAUGUCCAGCAGAGCUGCCCUUUGUCUCCUUGAUCCCUGACCUGUGCCUCACCCACACGUUCUCACCGGGUCUCCCAUCACCUCGCAGGUGCUGGGGAUGGAGCUGGGCUGUGGUGCCUGGCCUCUGCCCGCUCACCCCGGGGCUGAGAUUGGCUGGGGCUGCUCUGGGGCACGGCAGGCACAGUGGGGAUGAUCACAGAGCUGCUGUGAAUGCCUUCGGCGUGUGGGCAGGGAGGAGAAGGGAGCUCUGGAUAACAGAGCCCGCUCCAUUUAACAAGCUCUGCACCUCCGUAUCAGCUCACCCUCCGCUUCCAGCCACGAAUUCGGUUUGCUAAUCAGCACAAUGCAGCUUAACCCUUUGCUCUGGAAGAAAGCAAUAUUCAUCAUGUAUUCUGGUGGUGGUUUAUAUGCUUAAUGAAUAAAUAUGGGGCAUU